CAAUUUUAUCAUAGAUUAACACCAUGUGCGGAUAGAGUGUCAUAUUUGCCGGUGCGUUCGAGUAGCACUAGUCAGUAGUAUUAGGACAGCACUUUGAAGAGGAUCAGAUUGAGAGUUAUGAAGUGCUUUGCGUGGGUCUGUUUGAUGCUGGCCGUGGGCAUUUCCAACGGCCAGAGGACUUUCCCAGAUGACUUUAUAUUUGGCGUUGGAACGUCUGCAUAUCAGAUUGAAGGUGCAUGGGAUGAAGAUGGUAAGGGCGAGUCCAUCUGGGAUCAUCUGGUGCAUAACCAUCCCGAGAAGAUUGCUGACCGUUCUAAUGGCGACGUAGCUUGUGAUAGCUAUCAUCUGUGGCGCCGAGAUGUAGAAAUGUUGAAGGACCUAGGCGUUGAUAUCUACCGAUUUUCAAUUGCGUGGACUCGUAUAAUGCCUACCGGUAUCAGCAACCAGAUUAAUAUGAAAGGUGUAGAAUACUAUAACAACCUGAUCAAUGCGCUUCUGGAAAACGACAUUACUCCAUUUGUGGUGCUGUACCACUGGGAUCUGCCGCAAAGGCUACAGGAGAUGGGCGGAUGGACUAAUCGUGAAGUCGUUGGUCAUUUUCGAGAGUACGCUCGUUUUGCCUACAAAACCUUCGGCGACCGUGUUAAAUGGUGGACGACAUUUAAUGAGCCCUUGCAAACCUGCCGACAAUCUUACGAAUGGGACGCAAUGGCACCGGGACUUGAUUUUCCAGGUAUUCCUAGUUAUCUCUGCACUCAUCAUGUACUGCUUUCCCACGCCGAAGCGGCCGCUGUCUACCGACAAGAGUUUCAAGCAACUCAAGGAGGCAAAAUCGGUAUAACCAUUGACUCUUCUUGGGCAGAGCCCAACACCGAUUCUGCCGAUGAUCAGGAAGCAUCGGACAUCAAUUUGCGAUUCUUCCUCGGUUGGUACGCAAACCCCAUCUUUUCCGCUGAAGGUAACUAUCCACAAGUGAUGAUCGAUCGCAUUGGCAACUUCAGCGCUUCACAAGGUUUCGCCAAAUCUCGUCUACCGGCGUUCACACAGGAGGAAAUCAACAUGCUGAAAGGAUCAGCAGAUUUCCUAGGAUUCAACACCUACACAGCAUACAAAGUUUACAAAAACGAUGCAGCCAAUUCGGCAAAUUUCCCACAACCUUCGUAUGAUCAUGAUCGCGGUAUCGUUGAAUAUCAGGACCCCAACUGGCCGGAAACUGGUUCUAGCUGGUUCCGAGUUUACCCAAGAGGAAUCCACAAGCUACUGAAGUGGAUCAACAAAGAGUACAACAACCCCCUGGUGUUCGUUACGGAAAACGGGUACAGCGAUCUUGGCGGAACUCGUGAUGAAAAACGGGUAAAAUUCUACAAAGACCACCUGAACGCAGUGUUGGAUGCCAUCGACGAGGGAUGCAACGUCAAGGGAUACGUUGCGUGGAGUUUGAUGGAUAACUUUGAAUGGCGAGCUGGGCUGUCGGAACGGUUCGGAUUGUACUACGUGGACUACAAUCACCCCAAUCUGACCCGGGUUCAGAAAUCUUCGGCCAAGUUCUACGCCAACGUAAUAGAAACGCGCAGCCUUAAUAUGACUCUGAUGCCAGAGCCGGAAGAAUACACGCCAUAUGAACGAGGAGUUGGUUCAGUGAAUAUUCCUACUAUUUCGGUAAUUCUUGCCAGUAUUGUUAUGAUGUUGAGGCAGUUAUUUUAG